AUGCAGGAGAGAGUUGCGCGAGAGGCUGCGCGUGAACGACAGCGCGAAGAGCAGGAGCGUGAACGCCUAGAGAAAGAACAUGCCGAAAACGAGAUGCGUUUGCUGGAAGAGGCAAAACCAAGAGAAGCGGAGCGAAAAGAUGCGGAGCGCCGAGCUGCCGCUGCCGCUGCUGGCGCUGGUACUUAUGGAGCCGGUACCAUCCCCGCCGGCACUGAUCCCACCACUUCCCGACGACCGGCACAGUCAGCCGCGCCCGGUCGCACGACCAUAGAUAGCAAUACCCGCCAGGCGGGACAAUCGCGAGUUCCUACGGCAGCCCAACCAUCGCAGUCGGCGCGACAUGGGCGAACUACUUCCGAUACGCAGGGAGUUCCCGGUACCUCUUCCGGUCCUAGAGUAGCCGGUCCUUCUGGAACUCAACCCCAACAGCAGCAGCCCCCUCAGCUAGGCGAAACUUCGACAGCUCUCGGACGAGGUAGAAACUCGUUCCCUCAUGCAUUUGAGCGCUGGGAAACUUUGUCAGCUCAUUGGGAAGGCCUUACUAGCUUUUGGAUCCGUGCUAAUUUGUUCCAUGCCGUGGUCGAGCUGCAACGCCUACGGGCUUCAUCGGAGCGUAAGUUCCAACGCUGGUUCUUCGAGACUCGCGCCGAGAUAGAGCGUUCUCAAGAGGUCACUGGUAUGCUCGAGGCGGCUCUCGAAGAGGAACGCAGGAGCAGGGCCGACGCGAUUCGCGAAGCCGUCGAGCACGAGCAAGGCACCUCCAAAAUGCAGAAGCAGAUAAACGAGCUACGCAAAGAAUUGACCAUUUCUAAGGAGGAAGCGAGGCGCGCGUGGGAGGAACUCGGACGACGGGAACAAGAGGAACGUGAUCGCACUAUGUCUUUACAGCUUGGCCAACCCACUAUCGUUGGCGGGGUUCAGGUCGUCCCAAUGACGCAAGGUGUAGGCCGCGGCCACUCCCAGCGAGACCCUCGCUCUUACAACCAAACGGAACCGGCGGAUUAUGCUCAGUCGCAUACCUCGCCUAGCGCUGAUCGUCCUCAGUACUCUCAAGCCCCCGCGGUUAAGUCAACCCCGGCUUCGCGUGACAAUAAUCCCGCUUUCCAGACACCCUCGUCUGUUCAGCACCAGCAGAGCUACGGUUCCGAAGGAACUUACAGCGAAGGUCAGUACAUCAAUGGUAUUGCCAAUAGCGCAGCGAGAAACCCCGUCCGAGACACGCAAAAGCACAAUCCUUCUGCACAUACCAAUCCAACCCGUACCCAUGCUUCACAGGGUUCUGACGUUGCAGCAGAAGAGUUCGAGACCCCUGCUACUCAGCCGGCCGUCUACCAGCCGACCGGCACGGGUUCUCAACAGCAACAGCCGCAGUACUCGGCAGCUCCCGAUUAUAGCGGUGCUGGAUACUCGGCGCCUUGGGAUGAUAUAGGUAGUGCUCCGCGUCACCACCACCCCACACGCCUGAGCGACGUGCUCGAGGAAGAGGAAGAGCGGAGCCGUACGAGCGCGAGCCAGAGUCAGGUCAGCCGGCCUUAA